AUGCCGAUUCUCCUGAAGUCCACGAUAUUCCGGUUAACGUGCUUAAUCUCCACCAUAAACGCUUUAAACUACGACACGCUACGCGACCCGAUUGUCCUGACCGUCAAGCGGGAAAAUGCCCAAAAAUUUGGCGGCAAGAAUUUCUAUGCUAGCGACAAGCCCUUCAACAUGGAGCAGAACCCCUACAAGCAGAACUUUGUGAAGGCGUUCGAGAUUACAAAACCUUGCGCAAAGUGUCGUUCAAUCUCCCAAAAGCGUGGAGCCAACGAAAAGUACGGUACGCAGCAGCAACAGGAUCGAAAAAGUCUUGUGAGCCUCGAAGACGACCCAUCCCUUUUCACGAACAAUUACGUUGGCGCGCAGAAAUCGGUCGAGAAAAAUGGAUGUUGCUUCGAGGCGCAACCACCGGCAAAUUCUUAUACAGGACCAAAAUUCCAAAAUACACCACCGCAAAGCGCCGAAUUCCGUCCGUUCCCAAAGCAGUUCUCAAUCCCCAUCAAAAGCCUUCAGCAAUUCAAGGAGAAGGAGAACCAACCACUAGUCCCCACCUCUCGCGAACAAUUACGCCAUGUAAUCCCCACGCCCAGCAGUACGGUAUUGCCGAUGCGGAUGCGUGUAGACAUCAUCCCCGACUCACCUCCACCUACCGUAAUCCGGGCACCGACGGCCAGCUCGGGAUCACAGAUGAAUCAAAAGACAUCCGCAUCCUCUGAAAAAUACGUGGUCCUCGAUCGUCAGCCGAUUACCUACACAAAGGAUGUGUUCGACUGGGACCCAAAAUCGACGGAAGCCGAAUAUGUCGCGCCGACCAGGAUUGUGGCCCCAAAAAUGCUAGUCCAUCCCGUGCUGCCCUCUAUCGACGGAAUGGCCGAGUCGGUGCAACGCCAAAAUAUGGCUGAUCAACAGCGGCUCGCCGGAAAUGGCCUACUCGACGUGUCCACGCAAUACCGUAACCUGUGGACGUCAUUGGCGCAGAAUUGGCAUCAGCUGAAACAGGCCAUCCUCAGCAGUGGGCUCGACAGGGAUUUGGCGCAGAUUUGGGACCGUUUUCAUAGUGCCGUCCGACCGUACAUAAGCGAUUUUGCGACGACGUUCGCGAGGGCGAUAAAGUCAGCAGCGCGGAGACACCACAAACGAUUGGCGGAGCCGACUCCUCUCAAUGCGACAACGCCGGAGACGACGAGCUCGGAGAAGAAUCUA